CGCGCAACGAGUAAAGACACUAAGCCAUGACUGUUUGCGAAUUUUUCGAGGACGCCGAAGUAUUUAUUACCGGCGGUUCUGGUGUUGUUGGUAAAGCUGUAGUCGAGAAACUACUAAGAUCCUGCAAUGUGAAGUGCAUCUAUUUGUUGCUCCGUACUCGCAAACAACUGAGCGCCGAGCAACGUUUGCAGAAGAUAUGUGAAGACAGCAUCUUCGAAGUUUUACGCGAGCAGAAACCAAAUGAGCUACGCAAGCUGGUUGCUAUUCCGGGUGAUGUGGCCCUGCCACAUUUGGGUAUUGAGCCAGAGAACAUGAAGCGUAUGGCACAGGUGUCUAUAGUAUUUCACUGUGCAGCUACGGUGCGCUUUGAUGAGCCAAUAAGAGUGGCACUGCAGCUUAAUGUCGGUGGCACUUUCGAAGCCUUAAAGUUUGCGGAGACAUUACUCCAUCUUCGCGUGUUUGUGCAUGUCUCUACGUUUUUCAGCAAUCCCUAUUUGGAUACUGUGGAAUCCAAGUACUAUUCCUCACCAAUGGAAUGGCGCAAAUGUCUCCAGCUAGCGCAGACUAUCAAAGACGAUGACAUGCUCAAUGCUCUAACGAGAAAGCUUAUUGUAGGUUUUCCAAACACAUACACCUUUACCAAAAACCUGGCUGAAUCACUUAUCAAUGAUUAUCGCACGCGGCUACCAGUAAUUGUAUACCGACCAUCCAUAGUGCUCUUUUCCAUACGUGAACCAGUGCCUGGCUAUGCGCCCUCGCUAACGGGUGCUAUGGGUCUAUUUACCCUGGUGGGCUCGGGCUUAUUGAAAACGGUAUAUCUCGGAGAAAACAUACACCUAGAUCUUACGCCUCAAGAUGUGGGAAUUAAGGCUCUACUUUAUUUUACGCAACAAGGCAAUGAGACAUACAAAAAGGGCAUACCUGAUGAACUUCUGGUCUACCAGGUCUCAUCCUGCACCCUCAUACCAUUCACAUUUCAGCAAAUUGCUGAGGAAAUGGACAGACAAGAUGUUUGGUAUGGUGCUGCAUUCGAGAAGCAAUUAUUACUACCAGGUUGCAUAUACACGGACAACAGCUGGCUAUAUCACUUUCUGGUCUUAACAAAGCAGAUACUUCCCGCUCUAUUCGUCGACAUGCUGCUUAUUCUGAGCGGUCGCAAGCCCGCUGUCAUGGGCAUUGUGCGUAAAUUGUACCUUACCCUGAAGGUGAUGCAACCCUUUAUGUUCAAUAACUAUAGCAGUUCAGGUAUAACCGGAUUAAAGCAACUUUUAGACGACACCAGGGGCACUAUCUGCGAUCUGGAUGAUGAGUAUCUGCUUACCGUUACUAACGAGCGCAUUAUUGCAGCUUGCAAGGAUAUGCUGCAUAGUAUACGGCGUCACAGGCUCAAAGAAGAUCCGAGUACACUGCGACGCUCACAACGUAUUAUGCAGAUUAAGGUCGUGAUCUACAACGUGGUUCGCCUGCUACUGCUCUACAAGCUUCUAAGUUGGCUAUGGCGUAUUAUCUUCCCUAAUUGAGUUGCUCGGCCUGCUCUCUGCUGCUGGAUUUUUAAUAAUUUUUUUUUUUUUUUGUUUUUUACUAGCAUUACACAUUUCCUGUUUCAAUCCAAAUAUAUACCUCAAAAUUAAAAAGCAGA